AUGCAAACGAAACGAAAGUCGGAUAUAUCUAUAAAUUUGUCUUCUUUUUUUUUGAAGAACAUUGGCUUAUGGGUAGAUGAUAAUCACGCGAAAGAGCCUCAGAUGAAAUUGAUACUUAUCUAUACGGUUUGGAACUCAGUGUGUGGCGUACUCAUUUCUAGCAGAGAUCUAUAUUUUACUUGGCUCUAUAAUGGCGACGUACUUUAUACUCUUACCAACACUCUGAGUGUAAUAAUAAUCUUAAUGAAAGUAUCCAUUAUAGUGAUGCAUAAGAAAGAAUUCAUAAAUCUGAUUGUGUACAUGCAAGAAAAUUUCUGGAAUGUCAAAUACGAUAUUCACGAGAAAGAAAUUCUGGACAACUGUAAAAAGAUUUGCGCGUUUUUCGUCUCCUCCGUUACCGCCAUUGGUAUUUGUGCUAUAAUAGCUUAUCUCAGUACACCAUUCACCGCACAGAUUGGAAACAAUGAAUCCGAAAGAAUACUUCCAUUUAAUAUGUGGCUAAAUUUCCCAAUGGUAUCGCCUUAUUACGAACUAUUAUUUUUGUUCCAGAUUAUAACCUUUCUCUACAUAGGAGUCUGUUAUUUUUGCUUUGACAAUAUUUUCUGCAUAAUGGCCAUACACUUAACUGGUCAAUUUCGCAUACUUCGAUACAGAUUUUUAAAAAUGUGCGACACAGAAUAUCAGAUAACCGAAAAAGAUGAGGAAUCAAUGCUGACAAAGCACGCAUACAUGAUCUACGAUACAUUUAAAAAAUACGUACGACACCAUCAGGCAUUGAUCAAUUAUUACAAAACGCUAGAAAACGUGUACACGAUGAUUAUACUUGGACAAGUGUUAGUAUUUAGUAUGUUAAUUUGCCUGUUUGGUUAUCAAGUGUUGUUGGCCAAAGCCAGCGCCGCACGACGUGCCGUUUUCAUUUUUCUUUUACUCGGUGCGAUGUCGUUAUUGUUUAUGUUUACCUAUAGCUGUGACGGCGUGAUAGAACAUAGCGAUAACGUUGCCAUUGGAUCGUACUCAGCUAUGUGGACGAUUAUGCCAAUGAACGAAUAUGGGAAGAUGCUUCGAAAUGAUAUCGUAAUGACAAUAAAGCGCUCUAGGCGAGUCUGCUGUCUAACCGCAUACGGAUUUUUCCCUGUGUCGCUGGAAACUUACACUACAAUUUUGAGUACCGCAGUAUCGUAUUUCACAUUGUUAAGAAACCAUGUGGAAAUAACAGAUAAAACAUAAUGGAUAACAAAAGAUUC